CUUCUCUUAGAAAAAUGUAAAUCUGUGGCGUGUUUAUCAAUGCUGAAUUUUAUCAGUCGAAGGUUGUAAUGUGAUAACACUUUUUAUGUCUACUAAAACAAAAAUGAUAAAAAAUACAUUAAAGAUACAGAUUUUAAAUUAAAAUAUAAUUGCUCAAUCUACGAUGAAUUCACUUUUAAUUCGUAAAUGAAUAAAGAUUAAACAGUAGCAAUUAAUAAAGCAAGAAGGCAAUAAUUGAUCAUCUAUAUUUUGUGUAAGAAAGAAAAUGGGCAAUUACGGUUCUAAGUCUUUGCAGAGUUUUCCACCUUUAAGACCUUCUAUGAGAACAGACUAUCAGUCUAUCAAUUCUGCCUACAGCACAUUAUAUUUGAAUCAUUUUAAUGAUGAAGAUUUAAAAAUAGGAACAUCUUUAGCAGGACAGAUGUCUCCAGUUCGAAGAUUCUUUUGUUUGCUCACAACAUUUGAUCUACUAUUUACUUUUCUUCUGUGGUUAAUAAGUACAAUGAUGGAAGGACGAAUUGCAUCAGUUAGAGAAGAAGUUUUAAAUUAUACAAUAAGAACUUCAUAUUUUGAUAUAGUUUUGUUAUCUGUUUGGAGAUUUAUACUUCUGAUAUCUGCCUAUGCCUUAUUUAGAAUAUCUCAUUGGUGGGUUGUUGCAAUAACAACUGCAGGAAGUGGUGCCUUUAUUAUUACUAAAGUGUUUUUAUUUGAUCUAUCACAUUUAAAUCACAUAGCCUCCAUUAUCUUGUUAAUUUGUUCUUUUAUUAUAUCUUGGGGUGAAGCAUGGUUUUUAGAUUUUAAAGUUGUUCCAAGUGAAAUGAAUGCAAGGAUUCUUUUAGCAUAUCAUGUAAAUGAAGGAAUACCAAGAAUACCAGACCAAAAUGCUCAAAGUGAUGCUGGUAGUACUUGCUUUUUUUCUCCUACAGCAUCAGAAAUAGGAAAUGAUAAUGAAUAUGAAAGAAAAAAUGAAGAUUUUAAAGUAGAUUUAGAAGGUAUUUAUCAGGAUCAAACAAGACGAAAUUUAACAACAGAAGAAUUAAUACAUAAAAAGAGGGCAGAAGAAUGUCUAGAAAAAGCAUUAAGUAUUCUUACUUCCAGUUCUUGGAAAACGAACAAAGUAGUUGGAGAAGAUAUUAUUCAAAGCCAAAACAUUGAUAGAUAUGGAAAAGUUUUUAAAUUUGUUGGUGUAAUUGAUACAUCAGUCAAUAAAUUAGCUGAAGAGCUUCAUUUUAAAUUUGAUUCAAUAACAGCGUGGAAUCCAGUUGUAAAACAUUCAAAACUAAUUCAGAAAAUAGAUAAUCAUACAGAUGUUUGUUAUCUUGUUGUGGCUGAAGCAGCUGGAGGAUUAGUUAGUAGCAGGGAUUUUGUCAAUGUAAGAAUAUGGCAAAAGAGAGACUCAACACUGGUUUGUGCUUCCAUGGCAACAAUUCAUCCAGAAUAUCCACCUAACUCAAAAUAUAUUAGAGGAGAACAAGGUCCUUCUGUAUAUGUGUUAACUCCAGUGGAAGGUGAUUCAAACAAAUGCCACAUGCAAUGGCUCUCCACAGUCGACUUAAAGGGUUGGCUUCCUCAAUAUUUAAUAGAUCUUUCUAUUGCUGGUAGCAUGUUAGAUUUUAUACAUCAUCUUCGCAAAUAUCUGAAUGACAACAGGAAUGUACAAACUUAAAAUAGUUCAAAUCUAAAAACAUUGUUCAUCUUGUUACUCAUCCACUGAGAGAGAGAUUUACACACACACUCGGCAUGGUCGACAAAAAUUUUUUGAACAAUAUAAUAAUUAAAAUGUGCCAUAACUGUUUUACAAAUCAGUAAUGUUAAAUAUUUAAAGUGGUAGUAUUUUUAAAAUUUAUUACUAUUUCUGUUGUUGUUUUGGUGAAAUAGUUUGGUAAUUUAAAACACUGUUUUGUAAGUAAAAAAGAAGUUCUCUCUCAAUAAAUUUGUAAUAUUUUAAUAUUUGAGAAUUAAGAUACAGAUUUAUUAUAUAUACAAAUAAUUUUAAAAAAGCUAAAUAGUAGUAAUAAUUAA